UGUUUCAUGUGGCAAAGUUGAUUGACGUGUUCCAUGCAAAUGCUACGUUCUGCAUGGCCAUUGGCCAAUGCGGCUACUGGUUUUGCUUUGCUACGGUAGUCUGUUCUUUCAUAUUUGCAUAUGCUACAUGACUAAGACUGUUGUUUUAGAUCUGCCUUUCCAAAAAUAAGAAGACUGCCGUUUUUCCACUUUGGCUUUCGCAUAUGGGUUGAAUAAGUCAGCAAGGUAAGGGUAAUGGGUGGAUCAUUUUAGGGGAGUGAUUUGAGUUUGAGUUUGAGUAGGAGUAGGAGUGAUGGUAGGAAACGUGUGGCUUGCAAUUUGUGCACUUGAAAAGGAAGUUGUCAAAAAUGAUGAAAAAAAAAAAAGAAAAACAAUUGUUCUUCGUGCUUCGAUUGUGUUAAUCUCAUACUGUUUGCUUUUACAUGCAUGCUUUUUGAUUGCUUGGAGUUAAUUUAUUCCUUUAAGAUUGCAUUUCGAGAGGAUUGAUUUGAUGUUGUUGAAUACCUUACCAUUGAAGAAUUAGUAACUGCAGUUCCGAAUCUUGUUUUAAUUCCUUUACUGGAUUUGAAAUAUCGUUGGAUUAUCUUCAGCAUACUUGCUAUGUUUUUGGUUAUGUUCGAUGAGUUAAUCGUUAUGAUCUGCGUUAGAUAGUGAGUGAUGAUUCUUAUAUAUUCAAAAAUAAAAAAGUUAGACAUUGAUGAGAACUGAAAAACCAUGAAACUGAAGCGAAUGAAUAAGGGGUGCUCCAUUAAUCAAUGGGGAUAGGGAACUAAUCCUGGUAUUAUUAAAUUUAAACACAAGAAGAUGGAUUACAAGCUGCAAAUAUUUGGGGUCAAAUCCCACCUUGAAAUGCAAUCACUAGAUGACAGGUCCACGCAUGAGGUUGAUGACAACCUGGGAAGGGAUGCUCGACAUUCUGUUAAUGCUGUAGAUCAACAACAAGCAUUUUCUGUUAGUUUGCCAGAUGGUGGUAGAGGGAGAGGCGUGUUCAAGAGUAUAAAAACUGUAGUUCUGUCAAAGAAAUUCAACUUGCUGAUUCCCUUUGGGCCUCUAGCAAUCCUUGUCCAGAAAACGACUGGUCAGAAUGGUUGGGUCUUUAUUCUUGGCUUAUUGGGUAUAAUGCCUUUGGCUGAGCGUUUAGGUUAUACUACAGAGCAGUUGGCAUUUUACAGUGGACCUACAGUCGGGGGUCUUCUAAAUGCUACAUUCGGGAAUGCAACAGAGCUGAUUAUAUCAAUCUAUGCACUGAGAACUGGAAAGAUACGUGUUGUUCAGCUGUCAUUGCUUGGCUCACUUCUGUCAAAUCUGUUGUUUGUUCUGGGAUGUGCGUUCUUCUUUGGUGGGAUUGUUAGAAAGGAGCAGGUUUUCAGCAAGCCAACAGCUGUUGUCAAUUCAGGACUGCUGUUGAUGGCGGUCAUGGGCCUACAGUUCCCAGCAUUCCUCCAUAGCACACACACUGAAGUGCAUUUGGGGAUGUCAGAGUUGGCUCUCUCAAGAUUUAGUAGUUGUGUCAUGCUUCCAGCCUAUAUUGCCUAUAUCGUUUUCCAGUUAAAGAAUCUAAAUGAUCUGGAAGAAAGUCAGAAUGGAGACAACUUAGAUGAUGAUGAUUAUGAGGAAGCCCCAGAGAUCUCUAAAUGGGAAUCAGUGAUCUGGCUUGCAAUUAUGGCAGCUGCGAUCUCUAUCCUUUCAGAGUAUCUGGUUGAUGCCAUAGAGGGAGCAUCUCUUGCUUGGGGUGUACCAGUCGCUUUUAUUACUGUUAUCUUGCUUCCUAUAGGUGGGAACACCGCAGCAGUUACAACCUCAGUCAUGUUUGCCAUGAAAAACAAACUUGAUGUGUCUUUGGGAGUAGCAAUAGGGUCAUCAACGCAGAUUUCCAUGUUUUUGAUUCCCUUUUUAGUGGUUAUCGGAUGGAUAUUUGAGCGCCCGGUGGACUUAAACUUUCAACUUUUCGAGACAGCAACUCUGGUCAUGACUGUUCUUUUUGUAGCCUUCUUGAUGCAGGAAGGAACUGCCAAUUACUUCAAGGGACUAAUGCUUCUUUUCAGCUAUCUGAUAGUGUCUGCAAGUUACUUUGUACAUGAAGACCCUUCCUCCUGAUAAUAAGCAACCAACAACAGGAUCGAUUGGAGCUGUGGUAUUACUUAGGAGUAGAAUUCUAAACCUACAAGAAGAAAGAAGUGAUGAAUUAUUAUGCAACUAUCAUUCAUCACACAUGUUAGCCAGCCUAACGAGUAGUACUCCUCGGUCUAUUCUCUCUUCUCUUAAAGACUUCUCCAGAUGUAUAUGGAAAAUCUGAUCUAUAUAUAGGAAUGUAAGAAAAAUCUUGUCUUUAAUUUAUGUAAUUUAAGAUAAGUCGAUCAGAAUUCACAAAAAUCUGUUAAAACUUGGAAGCAAUUUGAGAAUCAAAGCGUAGCAGAUCAGUGAACUCCUGUCCAGGAAAGUAGUCGCAAGAACAACAAACCAGAGAGCUGAUAGAUGACUUGGGAUGGGAAGCUGGUGUAGGCUGCCCUGCUAAUCUCCUUCCAUGAACAGGCAAAAAUCCCUGUUGCAUUAUUUCCGUCCUGCUUUUCUUUAGUAACUGUGGAAUGUUUGUUACUUUGGAAAAACAUUGAUUCUAGACUUGAUGUUUCGGCAAAGAACCAAUUUAACUGCAUGGUAAUCGUAAUCGUAAUCGUAAUCUAAUAGAAUCUCACUGAUUUUAUCUUGGAAGAUUGCCAUUAUUAUGUUAGCAGCAAACAACUUACUAUACCCUGCAGUCCAGUUACUGUUUCACAUCAACAGAAAUAAAAAUUGGUGCAUUCAUUGCAUGGAACUUUUCAUAAAGCUUUACAAACGUAGCGAGAACAUAUUUUUUCUUCGGUUCAAUCAAAUGAAAACGGCAGAUUGUGAAAGAAAAUGAAAACAAUGAAUUGACAUGUAGAUGUAUGUGCUUGUUUUUUCUAAGUGCCCGCCUGCAACAGCCGGUAAGCCUG